CGAAAGAAAACGUGAUAAGUUGUAUGUCAGCUGCAGUGUAAACAAUGUGCUGUGAGUCGAUGUGUAAGUUUUAGAUAGUUUCAUCAAAGUAAUACUCGCAUUUACCGAACCUUCCGGCGCCUGUGUUUUAGUGACUUUAGAUAACUGAAGACGUGACAAUGACAAAGAAGCGUCAACAAAAAAGCAAGGAGAAUUUAACUGAUAAGCUGUCAGCGGACUAUGUGGUGGGAGAAGUGUCGAGCAGCUUGUUUCCAAAAGACUCUGCAGCCUCCGGCUCCCUGUCUGCAUUAUUCAGUUCUGCACCUGCACCUUCUCCCCUUGUGUUUCUCCCUGCACCAAAGCCUACUCAGAAGACCUCGGAGGUGAAAAAUCCUCCUGAAAAGAUUUCGCAGGUCAAAGCUCCGAGUACCCUGGACCGUUCCAGGCCACACAAGGAAAAGUCAGCAGCUGAACGCAAGGUUGAAGAGAGGGAAAGUGCUUUGGAAAAUGCAGAGAAGGAAGAGCAGAGGGAGAAGACACAAAAGACACUCAAGAAGACUAAAAGGAAAGCAUCAGGAUUGGGAGAGGAUGGGGAAAAGGUGAGGAGGCCUGCCAAGAAACUGAAGAGGGCUGACAUGGAGGCUGAGGCAAUAAAGACAAAGAGGACAGUAUUCGUGGGGAAUCUUCCACCCAGCUGCACGAAGAAGACGUUACAGUUGCUUUUCAGGGACAAAGGGGCCAUCGAAUCCAUUCGGUUUCGCUCUGUGGUAAGGGAGGAUCCUUCUAUGUCCCGCAAAUUAGCAGCAAUUACACGCAAAGUUCACCCCAAGAAAUCAAGUAUCAACGCCUAUGUGGUUUUUAAAGAAGAGGAGGGGGUUACCGGGGCCUUGGAGAGGAAUGGCCUGGAGAUUGAGCAUGGCUUUCACAUCAGAGUAGACAGGGUGACAAAAGCCUCCUCGCAUGAUCACAAGCGAUCAAUAUUUGUGGGAAAUCUGUCAUUUGAGUUGACCGAUGAAGCAUUGCGACAGCAUUUUGUGGAGUGUGGGAAGGUGGAGGCUGUGCGAAUAAUUCGGGAUGCCAACUCCGGCAUGGGGAAGGGAUUUGGUUAUGUCCUGUUUGAGGAUGCAGAUUCAGUCCAAUUAGCCCUGAAGUUAGACGGCUCCAAGCUGGAGGGCAGGUCCGUCCGGGUGAGGAGGUCGGUGAAGAAACAGAAGCAAACCGCCCCUGGAAAGGAGGCCACAAGAAAUACAGGCAAGGGCCCAACGAAAGACCGGACCGGCACCGAGGGACGAGGUGGAGACACGAGGGGGCCCACCAGAGGUCGCCACAGAGGCGAUUUGAGGUUUGGGGCUCAGAGGAAUUUCACAGGGACAAAGACCAAGACGGGUCCAGUCAAAGCUACAAAAGGCCCAUCCACCUUCAAAGGUGAGAUGGCAGAUCCCAGCAAAAAAUUUGUCAAGAAAAAGGGACUGAAAAAGAAACAGAAGACAGGGAAGCGCGUUCAUAUUUGACACCGUUCGAACGGAUCUGAUGCGAAUUCAAACUGUCUGUUGAGAUGGAAAGGGUCAUGGUUUCUAUCCUGAGAUGGGGUCAUUUAAGAAGCGCUAUAGGAGGAAAUUUACAAUUAUUUUCACUUCUGCUCCCCAGCAGACAAAAAAAUUCUAUCCCUGAAUUAAACGCCGACUACGUCCAACAUGUUGUAUUUUUGAACUGUCUUGACAUUUAAUAUGGGGGAGAGGGUUCCCCAAGUUUUUCAGAUAUCUGAAGAUCUAACCUGUAAGUGUCAUCAGUUGAGAAAUUCCCCUGUCCUCUUUUAUGAAGUACCAUCAU